AUGGCGCCGGGGCCAGUGGAACAGAAUGAGCGGGAUUGGACAGACACUGCGCCGCCGAAGAAGCUGCCCAAGGGCGUCGUGCUAGGUCCGGAUGGAAAGCCUUGCCGUACCUGCACCGACGUAGCGUCGUGGUUCGCCAUGACGAAAGGCUCAAAAUCCAAAUCCGCCGCACCGCCCGUCCUCCCCUCCGACUGCCCGCCCGACGUAGAAACCCUCGGCCGCUCCUCCUGGACUCUGCUGCACUCCAUAACCGCUCAGUACCCGGAGAAACCCUCUCCCGACCUCCAGGCCGAGACUCGUACCUUCAUGUCCACCUUCGCGAAGCUUUACCCUUGCUGGUGGUGCGGAAAGGACUUCCAGGCGUGGAUGAAGAUGGAUGGGAAUGCGCCGCGAGUUAGCAGUAGAGACGAGUUUGGGCGCUGGAUGUGUGAGGCGCAUAAUGCGGUGAAUGUGAAGCUGGGCAAGAAGGAGUUUGAUUGCAAUAAGUGGGAGGAGAGAUGGCGGACGGGGUGGAAGGAUGGGAGGUGUGAUCCUUGA